AUGAGUAUUGAACAAAUUUGGGAUGAAUAUAAACAACAACGUGAUGGAGAUUAUUUCACUGACAGUGCUUCAGUAGUUUUCGUUCCUACAGCAUCUGGAGCAAGGGGAUAUGAUGCUGUGAGACAAUUUCUUGCAGCGGCGUACGAUCCUCGAGUACUUGGAAUAAAAGAAAAUGUUAUAAAGAGGACUGUUGGGCCAGAUUCUAUUGUUGAAGAGUUAGAUACAACCAUCAGCUUUGUUACUGGUGAAGGAAGUUGGAUUGUUCCAGGUGUAGACAGUAGAUACUUGGUUGACAAUAAGGUCGUCAUUCCAAUGGUGACUACAGCGACAUUCGAAGGUGAUAGAAUUAUUUCUAUCCGCAUCUACUGGGAUCAAGCUUCUGUUUUGAAACAGCUCAAAUUGGUUUCCGAUAAGAAUUCUUGGCCUAUCGUGUCUGAAAAGCAAGUGGACGCUUUGAGGGAUAUUUCCAGUGCUCACCUCAAUCCUUUCGGCCGAAAUGAUUUGGCCGCUGGCGUUUCACGUAUGAAUAUCAGCCAACCACAACCGACGGGUCGCCGAGGCGUCCACACAUCUAGCCGAGUCCUUCAACCUGGUGGUACAGGUGGUAGAUCUUCAGUUUUUGGUGAUGAUUCGGAGGACUCUUUUACCAGUCGCAGCAGGUACAAUUCAAACAAAAAUCAGUCUCAGUUCUCUAUUGGGGAAGACAAUGAACAAGCGCCUUAUGAGAGGCUCACACACUCUCAAAAAAAGAUGAACCCAAAUUCUAACGCAUCACAGAUUCAGAUUGGCGACGAUUUUAUGGAUGAUCAAUUGAAAAAACGAGGAACUGGGAGCAAUGAAGAUUCUGGUACACGCACAGCUUACAAGCCCUCAAGCCGCAUCACAAAACCUCCUGGUGGCGGUGGCUCCCAGAUCACCUUUGGUUAA